GCUACCAUGGACGCCUUCCCCUUCCACGAGGACGACCAUCACGACAUCCACAGCUGGGCCUUCUCGCCGCUGGCCGACACCCUCGACCUCCUGGAAUGCCUCCGUAGCCCGCUCGUGCUGUCGACGCCGGCCGUGCCACCGCCGCAGUCCGCCUUCGUCCGGUACAAAGCGUGCGAUGGUGCGGCCAUGUCGGCGGGUUCUGGUAGUAUGGGUGGCGGCGCUUCAAAUAUCCACCGGAGAAUGAUCCAGUUUUGGCAGACCGUCGUCAUGGGCGUCAGGAUGGAGAGCUGUAAGGAGAAGACGGCAGGGAACAGCCGCGAGCUUCGGCAUCUGAUGAAGGAGAGACGGAGAAGGGAGAGGCUGAGCCAGGGGUUCGCUGACCUCCGCUUCAUGCUAUCUCACGGAUCAAAGGGUGACAAGAUCUCCGUUGUUCGAGCAGCUUGGGAGCACCUGAAGGAGCUACAGCAAGCGAGGGAGAAGCUACGAAGACGCAACAAGGAGCUCGAGGUGAUGAUAUCUGGGAACGUGAUGGAAGCAGAAGAAACGGCGAUCAAAGUGCAACCCGAGAGUCGUUCGUCGUCGUUCGAUUCAGUGUUCUCCGCUCUGCAUCGCCUGAAGCAGAUGGGAGUGAAGGCCACCACCAUCAGCGCCAGCUUCUCCGGCCGGGUUUUGUCGGUGGAAGUGGCUACUGAAACGAAGGUGGUAGGAGAUGAAGUGGAGGGAGCCAUGAAUGCAUCUUUGGCUGAAGUGGAGUAGGAGCACUGCAUUGUCUUAGUGAUAGAUCUAAAGUUUGUCAAGAUAAUUGCACUCUAUCUUUGGCUUUCCUCAAAGACAAAUCAUUUGUUGUUUGAAUCAUACACCUUAUUCCCUCUCACUAUUCUA